AUGGCUGGGUCGGCGAUAUAUAGUCCGCUCAAAAACGGACCUGAAGGGCCUUCUUUUCGUCUCUUGACUCUCCAUCCGGCCCAGCAGUCAACCGAUCCGUUGCGCUGCACAGUCGUGGAACAACCUCUCCUCAAAUGCGACGACUAUGAAGCCCUUUCUUAUUGCUGGGGCGAUGUGGCCGACAAAUUGCCCAUCUACUGCAAUGACCAGCAUUUCGCGGCCACGCGCAGCCUGGAGGCGGCUCUGCGACACCUCCGCCACAAGGACGAUGACCGCUGCAUAUGGAUCGACGCGGUGUGCAUCAAUCAAGAUGAUAUCUCCGAAAGAAACACCCAAGUGCUCCUCAUGCGGUCGAUAUACCGAAACGCCAGCAGAGUGAUAGUCUGGCUUGGCAAAGAUGAACAUGAUAGCCAGGUUGUUUUCCCUCUCUGCCAAAGAAUGUAUGAUGAACACAGCGAAUUGUACAACGAAAUGGAUUAUGCGAUGCUAUGGGGACGUGACAGAGAUGAUCGGAUCAAACAGAAGUUAGAGGAACACCGCCUAAGGACAGCGGGUGAUGGAGAUGACUCAAGCAGUCAACUGGAAACCGAUGACGACGACGACAACGACGAUGCAACUGAUUCUGGAUUCCACACAUUUCUGCGCUUCCUUCGAAGGCCCUGGUUCCAGCGCUGUUGGGUGGUCCAAGAGUUAUGUCUUGCCAAAGAAGUCUUUGCCAUGUGCGGCCCCAGGCUCAUGCCUUGGGACAUCUUCUUCGCAGGAUACUACCUAUGUCUGCUUACCAGCAAGAAUGCUCUCACGGGCCGCCCAGAGCAGAUCAUACGCGGUAACUUCCUGGCCGCCACACCCCUCAGGCUGGCGAUGACUCGAGCCCGCGACGCUACUACAAACGUGGAUCUGCCAGACCUACUGGGCCUUUUGUGGUCGACAAGAUCUCUGGAAGCGACAGACCCACGAGACAAGGUCUACUCGCUUCUUGGUCUCAUCCCGGAGACUGAAGCGGAUGCGAUGAGUAUAAUACCCGAUUACGCUGCGUCUAUUGAGGAUUGCUACCUUCAAGCAGCCACAAAAAUCAUUUGGCAAAGCAAAACCUUGGACAUACUGACAACUGAUCGCAUGAAGAAUCCGCAUGUCGAGUUGGACUUGCCAAGUUGGGUGCCUAACUGGAGCUAUCUCUCAUCACCAGCUCCGGUUAGCAUCCUCGGCGUGAUCGAAUCUUGGCUGGUAGAUGUGGAAUCUGACCCUGAACCAUUAUCAAGGAAGUAUCAGGCCUCUGGUUCCGCCAACAACUGCACACCUCAGCUAAUUGGUCCUCGAACCCUUCGUCUAUCUGGUUAUAUCCUCGAUCCUAUCACCAAGAUGGAAGCGGUCCUUACCGUCCCACAAGGCGACAACGAGGCUCUAGCGGCAAACAUGACCUCGUUCCGCGGCGCAAGCUCAUUCCUCACCAAUCUGUUUACUGGUCUCGGUUCUUAUUUCGAGACAUUGGUUAAGUGGGAGCAUCUAGCCAUGGACAAAAAUCACGAUCCAUAUCUAACAGGCGAGUCGGCCGAGGAAGCGUUUGCAUCAACCAUGUCUGUAGGAAGCGUACAGGAUGGGCCGAUAACACUGGAGCAGUUCGAGACGUGGCGCACGACUCUACGCUGGCCCAGAAAGCUCAUGAAGCUACGAUAUCUCGGCGCGCAUCACCUCGGGGCAGCCUACAAGAUACCCCUUGCUGCUUUGGGAAUGCUGACUUCGAAAGCCAGGGGAGACCGCACAUUUUCGACCGCAACCGAGUUCACACUGUAUCGGCGGUUGGCGAGGACGAAGAUGGGAUAUCUUGCAGUUGUUCCAGCGGAGAGUUGCCCUGGAGAUCCUGUUGCGCUAUUCGAGGGUUGCAAAACACCGCUGGUCUUAAAGGAAAAGGGGAACCAAUGGGAGCUAGUUGGGCCAGCAUAUGUGCAUGGUGUGAUGCAAGGUGAAGCAUGGGAUGACAAACGCUGUAUUCACUGA